AGUUUCUCGCCCUGAGUGUAAGCUCCACGAGAGCUGGGGCUGUCCUCUGUUCACUCUAUCCCCAGUCCCUACAGCAGUGGCUGGUUGUUCACAGGCCAUAUACAGCAGGUGAUAAUAAUGUGAAUUAUCGCACUGUCUUGCGGAGUGAUUUACUUCUGUUUUUACUUAUAUCAACUUUUAACUAGAUUGUGAGGACAGAGGUCGGUGUCUGAGUCAUCCUGUGCCUCACUGGGCUUGAGCAGAAUAGACGCCUGGUCAAGCAUUUGCACACUGGUCGAUGGAUACACUAGAAAGAGCAGGAGCGCGAAAGGGAAUUUUUUUGGCGCCUGCCUCGCCCUUUCAAGCCAAGCUCCCCUGCCCUCUGCCCCUUGCCCGCCGCCCGCAGCCUGCCGCCGGCAAUCCCUCUCCCGCGGAGCAGUAGUCAAGCGAGGCCAGCCGGCCGGGAGCGGGCGGGGGGCGGGACUUCCGGUCCCGCUCGCGACGCGGACCGCGCCAGGCGGAAGCCCGGCUCCGGGCCAGGAUCUGAGAGCCCGGACUGGAGGUGAGUUCGCAGCCGGAGCGUUGCAGGCACUUGUUUCCUCAGUGGAUGCUUUUCGGCGUGCCGCCGCCCGGCGCCGCGGGACUGGGAGACCGGGAGUUGAGAAGAGGAGGAAGAAUAAUGGGAGGAGACAGGACCUUUUUCAACUUGACAAAUAGUCUGUCCUGCCGCUCUGUGGAGCUGCUCCUGCCAACUCAUUGCUUUCUGCUGUGCUGUGAUCCUGCAGUCAGUUGCCGCUGUUGCUACUGCAAUCAUUUGCACCAAACUGAGCCAGAGAAGUUCCCUCUUUUAACAUAAAGGGUCAAGAAAUUGGAGCAUGGCUAUGAGUAAUGGAAACAAUGAUUUUGUGGUUCUGAGCAACAGCAGCAUCACAACCAGUGCUGCUAACCCGAGUCCCCUUACCCCCUCUGAUGGAGACCAUGCAGCCCAGCAGCUCACACCCAAAGAAGCAACAAGAACAAAAGUGAGUCCAAAUGGAUGCCUGCAACUUAAUGGCACAGUUAAAUCAUCCUUUCUGCCUUUAGACAACCAAAGAACGCCUCAGAUGUUACCCCAAUGCUGCCAUCCUUGCCCAUACCAUCACCCUUUGACUAGCCAUAGCAGUCACCAAGAGUGCCAUCCUGAGGCUGGCCCUGCAGCACCCUCUGCUUUGGCCUCGUGUUGCAUGCAGCCACACUCCGAGUAUUCUGCAUCUCUUUGUCCAAAUCAUUCACCUGUGUAUCAGACUACGUGCUGUCUUCAGCCCUCUCCAUCCUUCUGCCUGCAUCAUCCGUGGCCUGACCAUUUUCAGCAUCAGCCUGUGCAACAGCACAUAGCCAACAUAAGAUUCACCAGAAAACUAAGCGUGCUUCGUGGCUUCUUCAGAUGUGAACGUGUUCACUGAAAGCCCAGUCUGUGUAAAGCUGCUGAGCCCUCACCAGCUCACUGGAGUGGCCCUGCGCUCCGUUCCUCUCUGCACACUUGGAUGGCCCUGGCCAGCUGAGUGCUGCAGGUCAGGAGGCUGCGCUCUCCUACAGCCACACACUUCUGCUCCCGGCAUUUGACAAGUGUGCUUACCAAACCCAUGCAUGCCAGUUGGCUUGUUUUGACCAUCCAGACCUUUCAAGUUGCCAAAAAGUUAUGCAGCCCUGAUAGCUGACUGGCCAGUGGUGGUCUUGGGCAUGUGCACCAUGUUCAUCGUGGUCUGUGCCUUGGUUGGAGUAUUAGUGCCAGAGCUUCCUGACUUCUCCGAUCCAUUGCUGGGUUUUGAACCAAGAGGAACAGCAAUAGGCCAGAGACUGGUCACAUGGAAUAAUAUGGUGAAAAAUACAGGAUACAAAGCAACAUUAGCAAAUUAUCCCUUUAAAUAUGCAGAUGAACAAGCCAAAAGCCAUCGGGAUGAUAGAUGGUCAGAUGAUCAUUAUGAAAGAGAGAAAAGAGAAGUUGACUGGAACUUCCACAAGGACAGCUUUUUCUGCGACGUUCCAAGUGACCGAUAUUCCAGAGUGGUAUUUACUUCAUCUGGAGGGGAGACAUUGUGGAAUUUACCUGCAAUUAAAUCGAUGUGCAAUGUAGAUAAUUCCAGGAUCAGAUCUCACCCCCAGUUUGGUGAUCUCUGCCAGAGGACCACUGCUGCCUCCUGCUGCCCCAGCUGGACACUGGGAAACUACAUCGCCAUUCUGAACAAUAGAUCGUCCUGUCAGAAGAUAGUCGAGCGAGACGUCUCUCAUACCUUGAAGCUGCUUCGGACUUGUGCCAAACACUACCAAAAUGGCACUCUCGGGCCAGACUGCUGGGACAUGGCAGCCAGAAGAAAGGACCAGCUCAAGUGCACCAAUGUCCCACGCAAAUGUACCAAGUACAAUGCCGUGUACCAGAUCCUCCAUUACUUGGUGGACAAAGACUUUAUGACCCCAAAGACGGCUGACUAUGCCACGCCAGCUUUAAAAUACAGCAUGCUCUUCUCUCCCACAGAGAAAGGGGAGAGCAUGAUGAACAUUUACUUGGACAACUUUGAAAACUGGAACUCUUCUGACGGCGUGACUACCAUCACCGGGAUUGAGUUUGGUAUCAAACACAGUUUGUUUCAGGAUUAUCUUCUAAUGGAUACUGUGUAUCCUGCCAUAGCCAUUGUGAUUGUCCUUUUAGUCAUGUGUGUCUACACCAAGUCCAUGUUUAUCACUCUGAUGACAAUGUUUGCAAUAAUCAGUUCUUUGAUUGUUUCCUAUUUUCUCUAUCGUGUAGUAUUUCACUUCGAAUUUUUUCCUUUUAUGAACCUCACUGCCCUCAUUAUUUUGGUUGGAAUUGGAGCAGAUGAUGCCUUUGUCCUGUGUGAUGUUUGGAACUACACAAAAUUUGAUAAGCCUCAUGCUGAGACCUCAGAAACUGUAAGCAUCACCUUGCAGCACGCUGCCCUCUCCAUGUUCGUCACCAGUUUUACCACUGCUGCUGCCUUUUAUGCUAACUAUGUUAGCAACAUUACAGCAAUCCGAUGCUUUGGAGUUUAUGCAGGGACAGCUAUUUUGGUGAAUUAUGUUUUGAUGGUCACAUGGCUUCCAGCAGUUGUUGUGCUGCAUGAACGGUAUCUUCUUAAUAUAUUCACUUGCUUCAAAAAGCCCCAGCCCCAAAUAUAUGAUAACAAAAGCUGCUGGACAGUGGCUUGCCAGAAGUGCCACAAAGUACUCUUUGCCAUUUCAGAAGCAUCUCGAAUUUUUUUUGAAAAAGUAUUGCCAUGCAUUGUCAUUAAGUUUCGCUACCUUUGGCUGUUUGGGUUCCUUGCCUUAACUGUAGGUGGGGCCUACAUUGUAUGUAUAAAUCCAAAGAUGAAACUGCCCUCACUGGAGUUAUCCGAGUUCCAGGUGUUCAGGUCGUCUCAUCCUUUUGAGCGUUAUGAUGCUGAAUACAAAAAGCUUUUCAUGUUUGAACGUGUUCACCAUGGUGAGGAGCUCCACAUGCCUAUCACAGUAAUCUGGGGCGUGUCCCCAGAAGACAAUGGCAAUCCACUAAAUCCCAAGAGUAAAGGGAAGUUGACAUUAGAUAGCAGUUUUAACAUCGCCAGCCCAGCUUCCCAGGCAUGGAUUUUGCACUUCUGUCAAAAACUGAGAAACCAAACAUUCUUUUACCAGACUGAUGAACAGGACUUCACCAGCUGCUUCAUUGAGACGUUCAAACAGUGGAUGGAGAACCAGGACUGUGAUGAGCCUGCCCUGUACCCAUGCUGCAGCCACUGGAGCUUCCCCUACAAGCAAGAGAUUUUUGAACUGUGCAUCAAGAGAGCUAUCAUGGAGCUGGAAAGGAGUACAGGGUACCAUUUGGAUAGCAAAACCCCAGGGCCGAGGUUUGAUAUUAAUGAUACUAUCAGGGCAGUGGUGUUAGAGUUCCAGAGUACCUACCUCUUCACACUGGCUUAUGAAAAGAUGCAUCAGUUUUAUAAAGAGGUGGACUCAUGGAUAUCCAAUGAGCUGAGUUCGGCCCCUGAAGGCCUCAGCAAUGGUUGGUUUGUCAGCAAUCUGGAGUUCUAUGACCUCCAGGAUAGCCUCUCCGAUGGCACCCUCAUUGCCAUGGGGCUUUCAGUUGCUGUUGCAUUUAGUGUGAUGCUGCUGACAACUUGGAACAUCAUCAUAAGCCUUUAUGCCAUCAUUUCAAUUGCUGGAACGAUAUUUGUCACUGUUGGUUCUCUCGUCCUGCUGGGUUGGGAGCUAAAUGUGUUGGAAUCUGUCACCAUUUCCGUUGCCGUUGGCUUGUCUGUAGACUUUGCCGUCCAUUAUGGGGUUGCCUACCGCUUGGCUCCAGAUCCCGACCGAGAAGGCAAGGUGAUCUUCUCUCUGAGUCGCAUGGGCUCUGCGAUUGCCAUGGCUGCCCUGACCACCUUUGUGGCAGGGGCCAUGAUGAUGCCCUCCACAGUUCUAGCGUACACCCAGCUGGGCACCUUCAUGAUGCUCAUCAUGUGUAUCAGCUGGGCUUUCGCCACCUUCUUUUUCCAGUGUAUGUGCCGGUGCCUUGGACCACAGGGGACCUGUGGUCAGAUUCCCUUACCUAAAAAACUACAGUGCAGUGCCUUUUCCCAUGCCUUGUCUACAAGUCCUAGUGACAAGGGACAAAGCAAAACACAUACCGUAAAUGCUUAUUUAGAUCCCAGGGGCCCCAAAUCUGAACUGGAGCAUGAGUUUUAUGAAUUAGAACCUCUGGCUUCCCACAGCUGCACUGCCUCUGAGAAGACCACUUAUGAAGAGACCCACAUCUGCUCUGAAUUUUUCAACAGCCAAGCAAAGAAUUUAGGGAUGCCUGUGCAUGCAGCUUACAACAGUGAACUCAGCAAAAGCACUAAAAAUGACACUGGCUCUGCCUUGUUACAGCCCUCUCUUGAACAGCACACCAUGUGUCACUUCUUCUCUCUGAAUCAGAGAUGUGGCUGCCCAAAUGCCUACAAACGCUUGAAAUACGGCCCGCACUCUUGCCAGCAGAUGGGGGACUGCGUGUGCCACCAGUGCGCUCCUACCACUAGCAGCUUUGUCCAGAUCCAAAACGGCAUGGCACCUCUGAAGGCCACACACCAAGCUGCCGAGGGCUUUGUGCACCCCAUCACACACAUCCACCACUGUCCCUGCCUGCAGGGCAGAGUAAAGCCAGCUGGAAUGCAGAAUUCUCUGCCUAGGAAUUUUUUCCUCCAGCCAGUGCAGCACAUUCAGGCCCAAGAAAAAAUUGGCCACACCAAUGUACACAGUCUUCAGAGGAGCAUAGAAGAGCAUCUUCCAAAGAUGGCAGAGCCAUCAUCAUUUGUCUGCAGAAGCACUGGAUCAUUUCUCAAAACGUGUUGUGACCUCGAGAAUAAACAAAGGGAACUCUGUAAAAAUAGAGACAUGAGCAAUAUGGAGAGCAGUGGAGGGACUGAAAACAAGGCAGGAGGGAAAGUGGAGCUGAGCCUGUCACAGAUGGAUGCAAGUGUGAACUCAGAACAUUUCAAUCAGAAUGAACCAAAAAUCAUAUUUAAUCAUUUAAUGGGGGAGGCUGGCUGUAGGUCCUGCCCAAAUAAUUCACAAAGCUGUGGCGGAAUUGUGAGAGUGAAGUGCAAUUCUGUGGACUGUCAGAUGCCAAACAUGGAAGCCAAUGUGCCUGCUGUAUUAACACACUCGGAACUUUCUGGUGAAAGUUUGUUAAUAAAAACACUAUAAUAAAUACAGCAUUCAAUUCAGAACCAGUGCCUCAGUUAUUCUUUUAACAUGGAAGUAAAAUCCAGAAGCUUAGAAAAGAAGCCCAAAAAUACAGCAACAAGCGUGUUUCACAUUAACAAUUAUAGAAUAUUUUUAUAUUUCUUAGGAACAAUAAACUUACAAAUCUGCUGAGUGCAUUAGGUUAUUAGAUUGGAUGAUUGUUGGAUUUUAUAUUUUCAAAAAGUAUAGUUGUUUUUUACAUUUAUGCCCAGCUUGAAAUAUAGAAAUAUAUAAAUAUUUAUAUAUUUAUAUCUCUUUCUACACUCCCACUGCAGUGAACUGGAGGUUUAAAGUUUGAAUUAAAGUUUCUGUUCUCCUGGGCCAUCAUAUUCACCUGGUAUCCUCAUUCUAGUAUAUUUUGUGGGCAGUGAUCAGGACUUCGGAUCGCUCAACACCAAUACUAGGAAUUGCUCUAAUUUUCAUUGAGCCACUUCAUUUGGGAUCCAAAAACUAAACAACAUUAAAAUUUACAUUUUUGGUGAGGCUUCAUGUAAAAAAUCAAUUGCCAAGCACCUUAAUAAUGCAUCCCACAUGUCUGCUUCAGUAGACUUUACAUGAAGCCAAGAACACACAUAUCCACACCAGUGUCUUUUCCACUUUAGCCAAAAUGUACAGUUGUUCAGUUAUUUUAGCUGUUAACCCAGGAGCCAUGAGCAUCAUCUGUGUCAGGCCACAAUUAUGUUAGAGGCACAGAAGGAAGGGCAUGAAUGAAGAGAUGUGAUCACACAAAACAGUGCUGCACUUCCCAGGAUACAUUGCCUGAUGCCAGAGACAGAUCCAGGUCAGGUGAGCAUUCAGAGCAAGGGAACUUGGAUGAAGUCUUGCUUCCAACUCUGCCCCUGAGGGGCCAUGUUUAGAAGGCUGCUUUCUGCUUUGUUAAAGAGUGUCUCAAGACACUUAAGGAUUAUUUUCUUGUGCAGCUAACACCUGGAAAUACUGAGCCUUCAGGCAGCAUCUUAAAUGACACUUGUGUAUCUCAUGUUAGAUCAGUUGGCAGUAAUUGAGCUGUUGGAGCCUGCUUUCUGGAUAAGGCUUCAGAUGACAGCCGUCAUCAUAGGGUGUCAUCUGAUCCUUUGUGCAUUCCAGCCCCAUCCUGGAAGUGUUCCUCUGCAUUCUGCUUCCCUCUGGAGUUCUACCUCCAAUUUGGUCCUCCGAAGAAAACAGUGGAAGUAUUUGUAAAUACAAUGUUCCCUCCUAACGUUAUAUUGGUUAUUUUCUAAGAAUAGUUUUCCAAAUUAGAUCUGCAUGUUAUUCCAGGGCCUGAAAAAAAAGCUGUCAGGAGCAGGAAGGGAUCUUAUGGGUCAUUGACUCCAGCCCACAUCCACUAAACCACCGAUUUGUUAAGUAACUUUCCAGCUUUUGCUUGAACACUCCGGUGACCAGUAGCUCACUACAUGUCUACCUUGGUUGAACUGGAAUCUGUUGUCCUGUAGUUUUUCUACCAGUUUGUCCUCAUUCUGUUCUCUGAAGUGAAAGCAAACAUCCCUCCUGCUAACAUUCGCAGUUCACUGAGUUCAUCCCGUGAACACAGAUUGAGCAUCUCCGCACUGUGUAGCUGAAAUACACAGACUCUGAUUACACUGCAAGGAGGAGGACCAGCCCCCAGGAGCGUGGAUGGCACUCCCGCUAGUUCACACAGGGAUGGAAAUAACUUUUGCUCAAGUAUUACAGCCAACUUUCAGGCAGCGUACAGGGAACUAGACCCUCUAGGUAUCUCACAUGUUCUGUUGCUAAGCUGCCUCUCCAAACCAGUUAGAUUUUUUAACACUGACAUUCAGGAAUUUAUGUCCAUUCCCAUCGCACUUAAUUCUGUUAGAUAAAUACGGAAUGUAUGGAGGAGAAGCAACACUUGAAAACAGGACUCACAAACCCAACACUAGAGUCUUUGAUUUCCCUCUGAAAUGUGUAACCACAAAGUUAUGUGAAAAUUUAGUGGCCCAAAAGCACUUUUUUCUUGGGCACACACACAGAUUGAAUUUAAAGGCAUUUAAAAAAAAAAAAAAAA